UUUUUUCACGUGUAAUGGCCUUUAGCGUUAACGGUCUAGUAUAAUGUAUAUGUAUUGAAGUCUGUGGUUUCUAGUUUCUACUCUUCUCAGCAAGCUAAUAACCUAUUUUAUAUUUUCUAAUUCGUAUUUCUCUUUGAUAUUUUAUCUUUAAUUCGUAAUGAAUUUUUGUGAAUUUCACUUUUACCACUACACACACACACACAACACACACACACACACACACACACAUUGAAUAUUAUAGCAAUUACGUUUGUAAUCUUUCUCCGAUAUACGUGUAACAUACAUAUCGAGAAUGUAAAUAACUGUUUAACUGUUUUUACAAAAUUACAACAAUAAAGUGGGUCAAUAAACUCACUGAACAGAGUUGGUUUGAUGAAAUUGACGAAAAUUUAGAACGAAUUGUGUGUGUUUAGUGUAAGAAUGUCACAACAAAGUGCUAUCGUACAAACAACUAACACAGGUUCCGAGAUAACACCUGUGCUUGGGACUUUACAGUCUGCAAGCUCUAAUAAUCAGGCCUCAUCGGUUUUGUCUAACAUGCAAAGCAAUAUCGGUAGUACCACGGCAACUACUAUACCACAGACGCAAUCUCAACAAACUCAAUACAUUUCACAGUCUCCGAAACAAAUAUUACAACAGUCGUCCACUCCAAGUUCUUUUAGCGAUUUUCCACAAUUUUUAACAAAAACAAGAUUGCAAGAGUUGGUAAGGGAAGUAGAUCCUACUGAACAGUUAGAUGAAGAAGUGGAAGAAAUGCUUUUACAAUUAGCGGAUGACUUUGUAGAGACAACAGUAAAUGCAGCUUGUUUAUUGGCUAAGCAUCGUCAUGCGAAUACAGUGGAAGUUAAAGAUGUACAGUUGCAUUUGGAAAGAAAUUGGAACAUGUGGAUCCCUGGUUUUGGUACAGAUGAAGUACGUCCAUACAAACGAGCUACUGUCACUGAAGCGCAUAAACAAAGAUUAGCACUUAUACGAAAAUCUAUCAAAAAGUAUUAAAUCAUUUGUAAGUUACAUUUAGUUAGUCUUAACUAUCAAACUAUUGUAUUUUAUAUAUUUUUAAUUAUUGUUGCUUGAUAGUUUUGAGCAAUUUGUAAUUAAAAUAUUUAGUAAUAACAGCAAUAGAUCACUAA